ACCACCAGUCGUGUUUUGAGACUUGUCCCCACAAACAACACUUGUUCCUAGGGAUUCUCCACAAGGGUAGGGUUCUCCACAGUACGCUUGUAUGGAUCUAUCUCGUCAGCAGGAUGACUUGCAUAGGAGGCGUUUUUGCGGCGACGCACAACCAGUGCACCCGCCUCAUUUGGUCUGUGAUGCAUUUUCGAGUUUUCCAUUAUCAAAGCACCUAUUGCUCCUCUUCCAUAUACAUUCUAUCGUAAUCAUUGUCUUGGUUGUUGUGUUCGGGGUUUUAGUACUAAUCGCGAUCCGAAGUCCCAAGUCAUUCCUCUCUGGAGGAGAAUCUUCUUCCGUCAGGAGUGCAUUCUCAGCACCGGAGCUCUUCUCCGGGCCCAACGAGUGGGUAUGUUUAUGUUUUAGUAGCAUUGACUGGUUGGAUUCUAAUCAUGUCGACAUCAUCGCGCUCCUGUUUCCAUACCGGUCCUGUCACAUAUCAAUUGGAAUUCAAACGUCCACCUCCAACGGCACACCCACAGAGCAGUAGAUCUCAGGGCCUGGCACCGACACACACACGUGGGGACUGAAGCUGAAACUUUUGCAAUACCAAUGACGUUGAGCGUACACGAUCGGCUCUCGCGGUAGCUCUAGCGAGAAUGCAUUC